GUCUAAAUGCGCAUGCAUGCGUUGACGACAAGUCGAUCGCACCUAUUGUCUGCAUGCGCGUGCAGACAGCAAUGCACUCUGGAUGAAAAUUCGCAAUGAUGGUUAGAUUUCCUGUCCAACUUAAAAAAUUCAUGUCAUGUUGCGUCGACGAGGUGACAUGUUCCAUGGUGUCAAACUAUUGUCCCACACCACACAGGUUUGCACUGCUUCCUACUUCAGCUCCUCCUCUCCACCUCCCCCCACACCUCACACGUGGUGUGUUAGUAGAUCAAACUGGUGCGAGCUCAUCUUCUCGUGCAUGUUUGUGGACGACUUUAAAUGUGCUGUAUUUAAUACCAUCCACAUCGUGACAACAAGUUCUCGCUCACGUGCCUUCGCAGCAUCGUCGCUUGCAACAAACUCGUCCGCGCCUGGGUGGUUGUGCACUCCCUCACUCAACUGAAUGAUUGUGGGUUAAUACAAUCCGUCACCGACCCCAGUUACAUUUUUGAUUCCCUAGGAUCAGGGGUCCCCAAACUAAGGGCCGGGGACCGGAUACAGCCCCUUUGACCGGCCCUCCACCUCACCAUUUGAACUGGCCCAAAGAAGCAAUCCUCACAGAAAAAAAUAAUGAUAAAUUAUAUUUUUGAAUAUUUUAUUUUGUUUAUUAACAGGCCUUCCUACAGUUUAAUUUUCACUAACCUAGUGUGAAUCAUCAGAAGUUUCUUGUCUUGAUAGUUUAUACCAUUUCAGGCCUACCAUUUCUAUUGUAUCACUCAUAAACUGUCAAUCACCAUAUUUUUCUAACCUUUCCUUGCUACAGUAUUUGUACAUGGUUAUUAGAAAUUAAAAGGAAUACCUGUGGUAUUUCAAAGUGGAAAACAUGUAAAGUACUCUUCUUUUUUUUGCAAAUCACUUGUGCUAGAAAUUAUGGCUAUAACAGGCAGUGGCCUAGUAUACAGCCCACACGAUUGAUCCCGGCCCCUGAUAAUGUGUAGCCUCGCGACGCCAUCCUAUGUACUCCACCCAAAGAUUUUGGCUCCGCACAUCAACAGUCGGCUUUUCGCCCAGGCUAGAUAAUGUGGCCCCCAGAGGGAAAAAAAAGUUUGGGGAUCCCUGCCUAGGAUGGAUGAUUAGCCUGGUCUUACCAUAUUCCUCCCUGUACUAUUGAUCCCUGCGAAGAGUGGUGGUAGGAACUAAAGAGUGUCAGGACUAUAUUUCCACCGGACUUUUUCAAGAGAACACUAAAUACGUCCCAUGUAUUUCCGGCCAGCUCAGCGCAUCCAGCGUCUAAAGGUCUGCGGUGUUCUCACAGAGGCUACAUAUUUCAACAGUCACUAUUUUUGAUUACAUUCUUAACACAUAGCUGGUUUCGGGUCUGGACAUCAGUCAAAAUGGUGUUGCUUACUAUGAUUGCCCGGUUGGCAGAUGGCCUCCCGCUUGCGGCCUCCAUGCAGGAAGACGAACAGCUGGGAAGAGAUCUUCAGCAAUAUCAAAACCAAGCCAAACAGUUGUUCAAGAAACUAGAUGAACACAGCCCAAACCGCUGCACUUUGGAGGCGGGUUCCUUAUCCUUCCACUAUGUUAUCGAACAGGGGGUUGUGUACCUCGUCCUCUGCGAGACAGGGUUCCCUAAAAAACUGGCCUUUGGGUAUCUGGAGGACCUGCAGGCUGAGUUCCACGAGCAGCAUGGGAAGAAAGUUCCCACUGUGUCCCGGCCAUACUCCUUCAUUGAAUUUGACACCUACAUCCAGAAGACCAAGAAGUCGUACAUCGACAGCCGGGCGCGCAGGAACCUGGGGAGCAUCAAUACAGAGCUGCAGGACGUGCAGCGCAUCAUGGUGGCCAACAUAGAGGAGGUCCUACAGCGAGGAGAGAAGCUAUCAGAUUUGGACAACAAAGCCAGCAACUUGAACAGCCUGUCAAAGAAGUACCGCUCUGAUGCCAAGUACCUGAACACUCGCUCCACGUACGCCAAGCUUGCCGCGGGCGGCGUCUUUGUCAUCAUGCUCAUAGUUUAUGUCCGUUUCUGGUGGCUCUGAAGAGAAAGCAGAAACCUCUGGAGAAGAGAGACGAGGAGAAGAAAUCGCCAGGGGAGAAGGGGUGGUGGAGUGGGGGGCGACUUGAUUUGGAAAGGUUAACGUCCAGCCGUCCAGGCUGUUUGAAAACAUGCCCUUCUCCCCACCGGCCUACUACCAUCUACAUGCCCCCCCUCCCCCACUUCCAUCCCAACUUUCUCUUAAGUGGAAGACAAGAGACUGAUCUACACAUACUAUUCUUUACUGUGCGACAUUUUGUUUUUGUAAUGUAACCAUUAUAGAGUUUUAUUAACAAAGCAGAAGUAUCCUUUGUUCUGACCUGAAGUGAUGCACAGUGCGUGCGUGUGCGUGUGUGUGCGUGCGGGUAUGAAUGAGUGUUUGCUUGUGUAUAAGCAUAUGUGCGUGUAUAUGUUAUGUAUUUUAUGUGUGUGUAUGUGUGGAGAGGAGUAGUGAAGGAAAAGUGUUGUUUUCCUUUGCUACUAUCUAUCGAGAAAUUGUCUGACUGCAUCCCUGCUCAACCUUAAUGUGCACUGCACUACUCCAAGGCAUUCAUGAUCACAUUCUCCCUAACACAAACUAAGGGAACUGGUCGACUCCUAAUUGGCCCUUAAUAAUCACCAUUUCCCAAUGUCAAGUGUAUGAGCCUUGGAAGUGUGUCAGCCUAAUUAGUCAACGCCCAGUGAUUGGAUACUCUUCAGAGUUCACCAAAGAGUACCCAAUCACUGGGCGUGAUUACGAAGGCUGGUAUACUUUGAAGGACGCACACUAGACAUUGGGAAACGACAGCUGUCUCCCUGGCCUAUUGUGCCCCAGCCGGUGAGACUGACACAGAAGAUUUAAUUGAGUAAAUUGACUAAAACUGUGCAAAGGUCACACUGUUGAGCUGGGCUGUUGAAAAAAGUUGAUCAGCUGACUGUUCCCUCCUGAUUUCCGAGCAGGGUUUUUUGUGUGUCGUUCUAUGAGAUUGUUUACACAACUGAAGCUCUCCCUUGUACAAACAUGCAGACUUGGUCCAGGUGUUUGGCAUAACCCAUCUGCUGGGUUAUGCGUUAGGGGCUGCAGUCGUCUUUGCUUGACGCGUUCAGCUGAAAUAAAGGUGUCUGUUUCGGCC